CUCCAAGAAAGCUUUCCAAGUCGCGGUCACCUGUUUAUGCCCAAACACAUCCUCAAGACUCUCGCGUUUCUCAGAGUGAUCACGCCUGGCCCCAAUUUGCGCUGUAAACUCGACUGCUAGGCACCCUUUUCUGCCUUACAUUGUCCAUUCAACCCCAGCGCAAGCUGCGAGCGAUUCAGGCUACGAUUUUGAGGUGUAAUCGUACAGUCAUUUUGUCGCCCCCAUUCCGCCUUUCCUUCCCCUUCACCUCACACCUUCGCUCUCUCACUCCUUCAACAUGGCCGACCUCGCAAGCCGUAUUACCGACCCCAAAGAGGGAGCAGCUGAUCCGCCUGCGGCCCCGCCUGCUGAGGAGGUUGCCGAGGAUGCCUCUCCGGCCCAAGUUGAUGGUGCUGUCGAGGAACUCGGUGGCUCCGGCCUCCAAGAGCCUGAAUGGGAUGUCGAGGUCUCCCUGAGCGAGCUCCAGAACAACGAAGCUACGCCUUUUCACUCUGCCACCACUUGGCAGGACCUCAACCUCCCUGAGCCUAUUCUCAAGGGUCUUCUUGCCUUGAACUUUCUGAAGCCCUCCAAGGUUCAGGGUAAGUCUCUGCCCUUGAUUCUGAGCAACCCUCCGAGAAAUAUGUUGGCGCAGUCCCAGUCUGGUACUGGUAAAACGGCUGCGUUCGUCACAGCCAUCUUGUCCCGAGUCGACUUCACCAACCCAGAUCAACCUCAGGCCCUUGCUCUGGCGCCUAGUCGUGAGCUUGCCCGUCAGAUCGAAGGUGUGAUCAAAGCUAUUGGCCGAUUCAUCGAGGACCUGAAUGUGGCUGCUGCUAUUCCCGGAGCCCUUCCCCGUGGCGAACCUGUCAGAUCUCCAGUCAUUGUUGGAACACCCGGCACAGUUAUGGACAUCAUUCGACGUCGACAACUAGAUGUGUCGAAGCUGAAGAUUUUGGUUUUGGAUGAGGCCGACAACAUGCUUGACCAGCAAGGUCUUGGCGACCAGUGCAUGCGAGUCAAGAAUAUGUUGCCCAAGGAGAUCCAGGUCCUCCUCUUCUCUGCUACCUUCCCCGAUAAGGUCAUGCAAUACGCCGGAAAGUUUGCCCCCAACGCACACAGCCUGAAGCUGCAGCGUAGUGAGCUUACCGUCAAGGGAAUUUCUCAAAUGUUUAUCGAUUGUCCCGAUGACAACAUCAAGUACGACGUUCUCUGCAAGCUUUAUGGCCUGAUGACCAUUGGCCAGUCGGUUAUUUUCGUCAAGACUCGUGAGAGCGCCAACGAGAUCCAGCGACGCAUGACAGCGGAUGGCCACAAGGUUUCUGCCCUCCACGCCGCCUUCGAUGGCAGCGAGCGAGAUGACCUGUUGUCCAAGUUCCGCAAAGGAGAAAACAAGGUGCUUAUCGCGACCAACGUUCUCGCCCGAGGCAUCGACGUUUCAAGUGUGUCGAUGGUCAUCAACUACGAUAUUCCCAUGAAGGGCAGGGGUGAUAGCGAGCCUGAUGCCGAGACCUACCUCCACCGUAUCGGCCGAACUGGUCGUUUCGGCCGUGUUGGUGUCAGUAUCAGCUUUGUCUACGAUAAGAAGAGCUUCGAUGCUCUCAGCAACAUUGCUAGCGGUUUCGGCAUCGACCUGGUUAGACUGGACACCGACGAUUGGGAUGAGGCAGAGGAACGCGUCAAGGAAGUUAUCAAGAAGAACAGAGCGCAAGCCGCUUAUGCGCCUAGUGCUACCGAGCCCAAGCAGAAUGCGGCCGCUUAGGGAUGGCCAGGGUUUUGGAGUGCGCCAGCAGUCACAUCCGGGAAGUUUUACUCGUAGUGGCUCUCACCACAGGGUGGGAAGGGGGAGAUGGGACGAGCAUGAUUCAUGCAGAGGAGUGUGAGACUCAGAAUUUGCUAAACUGAAGGGAUCUGUUGAAUUACAGACGAGAUACCAAGAAUCAAGAAAAGCUGCUAUGAAUC